AUGGAGGUCCCACUGUAUCACCACACUGUGCGGGUGUACUCGUCGCCGUCGACUGAAUGUCUCCUCCAGCGCCCGGGUGGGCCACGGUUCGCCACGCAGGAGACGGACCCAUUCGGCGACCCGUAUCUCGUUGGCGUACAGGUCGGUUUCCGGCGGCGGUCCCUCGGUACGCGCCCGGCGUGGGAUGACAGCGAGGAGGCACCUGCUCCGACAGGCAGGCGGUGGAGUGUGGCGGCGCUCGAGGUUGGGCGUAAGGCGCGCAACAGCCUGCGACGAGCGAGCCAUGGUUCCCCACUCUCUGGCUCGCCACUCGCCAGUGAACGCGAGCGCAGUCUGUCCUUGUCAACUCAAGCUCCGAGCGCGUCCGCGUCGCCAAAGUUUGCUUCAAGCCCUCUCCCCUGCCAACCUGAGGUUGUGGAGGACAUGGUCACGGCGCAGGCACAAGAACCCCUCAGCCGCAGGCGAGGGAGCCUGCACAAGUGGUUACGGCACGAGAAGCGCGAGACCAAGCCGGCCGAGUGA